AUGGGCAGUCCGUGGUUUACGCGCUCAGACGAGCACAAUCAAAAGAACCAUGAUCAUCCAAAUAACUCGAGUAGCCCGGCAGAGGUGGGCAUGGCCGCUGAGACUAAAGAUAUUUACCGGAAGAGCAGCUGGGACCCUUGGCAAGAGUGGACGGACGAGGAAAUCGGAGUCGAUGGAAGAUCAUCCCAAGCCUCAGCCAAGUACGCACUCAUUGUCCGCCGCGAGAAGGAACAUGGUGAAAUUGAUGAAUCGGUCCUCUCGCUACAUUCUAUCACAGUACAAAGUCCACUGCUCAAAAAGAUUCUUGGUCCGGUUUUCGAAGGCUACAAGGGUAUCAACACCAAGCUCAAAAAACUCGAGUUUCAUGCGCCUUUUCGAGAGUUUUUCUAUAGAUGGGAUGAGUUCAACCAAGCCGACCCGAGAAAUAGUUCAACUGAUUUCUCCGAGGAGUGUUCCCAUUACAAGCUUCUGGCAGAUAUCAUACAAGCCGAGAUCAAGCCACGCAUCGAACAAGCCUCGGAUCUUUUGGAUAAUGGCGUCAUAUCCUUUGACUAUGUGUGGACACUCUUUGAGCCCGAUGUCGAAGUCUACACCAGGAUUGAAGGAAGCGAUAGGCUGUUCAAGUUGAGUAGUGGUAGUUACUCCAAGACGCCAGAUGGAACUGUGGCAUACGUGCUUAGUGUGCGGUUCGUCGACACCGAUGGAGACUCCUUCGGGUACACAGACACAACCUUGACCAUAUCACCUUUUGAGAACGUCAUACCCAUCCUGGAGCUAGAGGUUAUCCCAGCACAUCUAUGUCCGGAUUUUGAUGAAAUUAGAAAGCGACUCGCGCAGCGUGGUCAAUUAUUUGAGAGCUUGGAAGGGAUCAACCACAAGACAUAUUCUGGCAUGUAUAUUCUGUCUCACACAACUUCAGGGAUCCCAAAGCAGCGUCACGUGAAAAAUGAGCGGAUCAUCAUUGACUCCAGAACAUUCUUGUGGUUCAAUCGCGGUACGGCUGGCCCACUUCACCCACUUGAGGCUUCUAAAAGCUCUGUGUUUAGUGGCAAUGAGCUACAUCAUGAUAAAUCUGUUGAUUUUCUCACUUUUGGGCCUCUACCAACAAGACCAUACGCCAAAACGGGUUUGACCAAUGGCUCACAAAGCUCAAAUGUACCCAACAAAAGACUCUCCGAAAGCCAGUACGCGUUAUGUACGAACGUCGUCAAAGGAUUCUGCCUGAAAAUUAAAGAAUGGGGAUUAUUCGACAUUGAGCUCGUCAAAGACGUAGUAUGGAACUCGACUGCUUUUGAUCAGCUAGUGCUGCCGCACGAUUACAAACGAAUCAUUCAGGCAUUUGUUGGUGCUCAGAUGUCUGGCUUAGACAGUUUUGAUGACGUAAUUCAAGGCAAAGGAAGGGGGAUUAUCAUGCUUCUGAGUGGAGAGCCGGGAACUGGGAAAACACUCACAGCUGAAUCUGUUGCCGAGAUCAUGCAAAGACCACUUUACAACAUGAGUGCUGCUGAGUUGGGGGAUGUAGCUCAAGAAGUUGAACAGAAGCUAGACUGCGCUCUUGAGCUCUCAACAAGAUGGGGAGCAGUCCUUCUUCUCGAUGAGUGCGAUGUCUUUCUUGAGUGUCGAACUACGUCCGAUAUCAAGCGAAACAAACUCGUAUCGGUUUUUCUUAGACUCCUCGAAUACUUUGAAGGCGUCAUGUUUCUGACGACCAACCGAGUUUCAGCUUUUGAUCCGGCUUUUGAGUCUCGUAUUCAUCUCACUAUUCACUAUCCUAAUCUGGACUACACGAGCAGGUUGCACAUCUGGAAGACAUUUGUGAAUAUUGGUGACGAUGAAAGCAGUCUUUCUGAAGAUGAGCUGGGUGAAUUGGCAAGUGUUGAGCUCAACGGGAGACAGAUCAAGAACGUGGUCAAGACGGCGAGACUUCUUGCAACGCACGAAAAGACCCAGCUGGCUAUGAGCCAUAUCAGCACGGUUCUGAGGAUCAAGAAAGGGCUAGCAGGAGGGCAGUGA